AUGGCCUCCAAGCUCGCCCCUAUGGCUUUCAGAAGCAGCAGCAGAGCUCUGCGCGUCCUCGCCAGACAACAACCCCGCCGCUCCUUCGCCGUCUCUUCCGUCUCCCGUAGCGACUCGCUCUUCGUCAACAACCUCGACGUCCCCUUCAAGUUCAACGCCCAAAAUGAGAAGCUCAUUGAGGAAGUCCUCAGCCGAUACCCUACGCAAUACAAGAAGGCUGCCGUCAUGCCCCUGCUCGACCUCGGCCAGCGCCAACACGGUUUCUGCAGCAUCAGCGUCAUGAACGAGGUUGCCCGUAGACUGNAAAUGCCCCCCAUGCGUGUCUACGAGGUUGCCACUUUCUACACCAUGUACAACAGAGAGCCCGUUGGCCGUUACCACGUUCAAUGCUGCACCACCGUAUGUCUACCAGAACGAGACCUCCGGCAAAUCGCGAAACUAACAUACAGUAGANCCCCCUGCCAACUCAGAGGAUCCGACGGUGUCAUGAAGGCUAUUGAGGAGGAGCUCAAGAUCCACCACGGCGAGACUACAGAGGACAAGCUUUUCACCUUCACCGAAGUUGAGUGUCUGGGUGCGUGCGCCAACGCCCCCAUGGUUCAGAUCAACGACGAUUACUACGAAGACCUGACUCCCGAGACGACAAAAUCGCUGCUCAAGGCUCUCAGGGAAGCUGCACAGAAGGCCGGCGCAAGUGGACAGGCUUCCGGUCUUGCUGGCGAGGCUGGAAAGGCCGAGGGAGCUGGAGGUUCAGGCACCACAAUUUCUGAGCAAGGAAGAGGUUACGCUGCACAGGGUGUCAAGCUCCCUACCCCUGGCCCUCUCAGUGGUCGCAAGUCCUGUGAGCCUGCCCAGGGCUUGACCAGCUUGAACGGUGAGAUGUGGGGCAACGAGAAGCUCAGAACCGAUGGUGCUCUCGACUAG